AUGGAGGUGGGCGGUAGGACACCUCUGCCGGCGAUUGAUGAGGCACUGCUCACAGGUCUCGUCGACCGGUGGCGUCCUGAGACGCACACGUUCCACUUUCCUUUUGGCGAGAUGGCUGUAACAUUGAGGGACAUGGCCAUGCUGACCGGGCUACCAAUCAGGGGCGCCCCGUUAAUAGUUUCGCGACCCGCAAGGGAGGAGUGGAAGGGUUAUGUUGCGGAUAGGUUUGGUGUGCAAUACGACGGGAAGGAUGCUGGCUUCUCCAUGUCCUGGGUUCAUGGGCUCCCACAGUUCGGUCCUUGCCCACUGGAUGCGGACGAGGCUACACUUAUGCAGCACUAUGAGGUGUACUUGUACAUCCUGCUCGGAGGCAUCAUGUUCUGCAAUACAGCAGGCGAUUAUGUCGUCCCCCAUAUUGUAUGGUUAGCAGCCCACCUCGCGUCACAUCCUUUUGAGCCUACAUCUUACAGUUGGGGGUCUGCAGUGUUGGCUGCAACCUACAGAGGUUUGUGUGAUGCAACCCAGCGAACAAAGAGGAAGGCAACUAUUACAGGGUGCUUACACCUCUUACAGCUAUGGAGUUGGGAAUACCUCCCGGUUUCCAGACCUUGGGUGCUCAAGUGCUACUACCCAGUCCACAUCUCCGAUGGCAUUGCCGAUGAUAUAAGGCCAACGAUGGGCAUGGCGAGCCUUCGGUACCCUGGACUCCAUCGGAGCACGUUCUAG